AUGUCAGAAAAACUCACGAAAAAGCAGCUGAAGGCUCUUCAGUUCAAGUCCAAAAACUCUGAAAAGGCUGCUGAGACGCUAGAUAAAGUGAAACAGACAAAGCAGGAACCGUUGAAGAAAAAAAAGACCCGCAGAAGAAAGUCAUCGCAGGAGAAGAAAGAUCGCAAAAUUCUUUUUAUAGGGAACUUACCAUAUAAUGUGUCGAACGAAGACCUCGAAAAACACUUCAAAAGCUCGAGUCCCGAUAAGAUUCGAAUCCGUCAAGAGAAAGGCAUAGCUUUUUUGGAGUUUGAAACCGAAACAGAGGAUUACGUUAAAAGAGUGGAAGCAGCGUUGAAGAUGCACCAUACCAUCAUGAACAAUCGAAAAAUAAACGUGGAAUUGACGGUUGGUGGCGGCGGAAAUUCUAAAGAGCGGAUCACUAAAAUCAAAUCUAAAAAUGAAAAGCUUGAGAAGAGACGUAAACAACUGGAACUGAAACGUCACAAACAUGAGUUGGAUAAACGCAGUGCGAAAACUGAUAAUACCAAGAAUGACGAGCCCUUGACGGUCGGUUCAUCGGUCCAUCCUUCGAGAAUGCAACUGAUUGAUAAAUAG